AUGACGGACGAUUCAUCAAGUUCAGUUUGUUUGUCGCUGUCAUCUUCGUCUUCCUCAUCACUUUCGUCCCAAGAGAAACCCGAUGCUAUCAGCCCCUGGAAAGCAAUUCUUAUCCCAGUAAGUGAACACAAAUGUUGUUACGAUUCUAAGGAGAAUGAUGAAAAGGAUCCCGGAGUGAUAGAGUACUCGCUCUGUUUGUUCUUUGCAAAACUGGUCAGUUUAACAUUCCUGUAUUGGCUGCCAUUUUACAUUCAAACAACAAAAAUCGGUGGUGAAUUUCAUGGUGUAAGUUCGUCAGCAGAGUUUUCCGCAUUCUUCGAUGUAGGGGGAAUGAUAGGUGGAAUUUUGGCCGGAUACAUCUCUGACAGGACUGGCUGCAGUGGAAUUGUUGUUGCAGUUAUGUUGUUUUGUGCAGGACCUGUGCUCUCUAUUUAUAGAUUCCUUGCAAACGUUACCAUGACAGCUAAUAUUGGUUUGAUGAUAAUAACUGGAAUUUUGGUGAAUGGUCCUUAUUCUUUGAUCACAACAGCGGUAUCAGCCAAUUUAGGUUCACAUCCAUGUCUUAAAGGCAAUACAAAAGCCAUGGCUAUGGUAACUGCUAUCAUCGACGGCACAGGUUCCAUGGGUGAGGCCAAAAGUCAUAGCUUUAAUUUAUCAAAUGUUGUCAGAUUUACCAGUAAACUGAACUUAGUCUUUCUAUUUCCCAAAAACGUUGAAAAAAUUAGGUUAAAAGGAGUCCAUGAUAUUAAAUUGUGUGGGGGUAAAGGAACGAACAAGGUGUUUCCUCUUUUGCAGGUGCUGCCCUUGGACCUCUUUUAA